AAGGUUUCCAGGAGCUGAUCCCAAGUUCUCCCCGUCACUGAUCCUUAUAGAGAGAAAGCAACAUUACCUGACUUGGGGGGGGGUCAGGUUGAAGCCUGGAGCAUCGGUCUCUAUGUUCAUAAACUCCAGUCUUGAAGGCGAAGGAAUUGUUAAUCCCUAAAGAACAUAAAAAUGCUGAAGCUGAUCCUGUUCCGACUCCAGUAGCUGCCUGAGCUGAUCCAUUAGUGCCGGUCCGUUAGUGCUGCAACCAGAACUUCACUCCGGCGCCAGCAUGAAUCUCGAGCGGGUCCCCAAUGAGGAGAAACUGCAGCUGUGCAGGAAAUAUUACCUGGGAGGAUUUGCGCUGCUGCCGUUCCUGUGGCUCGUGAAUGUGGUUUGGUUCUUUAAAGAGGCAUUCUUCAAACCUGCAUACACUGAGCAGCCCCUUAUCCAGAGCUAUGUCAAGCGAUCUGCUCUUGGACUCUUUGUCUGGGUCGUCAUUCUUACAACCUGGAUCAGCGUCUACCAGACACACCGAGCUGGCUGGGGGGCAACUGGAGACUACCUGUCAUUCACAAUACCAUUGGGCAUCCCCUGAUGUGGACUUCCCCCACCCCAAGCUGGAGUAUAACUGGGACCACCUACCGUUAUCUGCUGCCAGAAAUGCACUGUCUGCCCUGCCCCUCGUGUCUCCAUAUUAACUCCUCGUACCACUCACGUGCCCGUCCCUUCCUUGUGCAAAGACUGAGACGCUCUGCCCGAUUGGCCAUGACUGGAGUCGCCCUUCCCUGGAUGAAGACGUGAGCUCUGUGACCUGUUAAUCAUGCCUAGAAAUAAAAUGGUUCUCUUGUUUA